ACCAGUAUGAACACACACAACACUAGUUGAGGGUGGUAUAUGCGUGUUUGUUUUCCACCGAACUUGGUUUAUAAACCCAGUAAUACACACAUACACACAUUUAUAUACACCUUCUGUUAUAGGCAGAUUUAGAAACUUUUCUGUAAAAACAAGCUCGCCGAUCACCAGCCAACCAACCAUUCUUAAGAGAAAGAAAGAAAGAAGAAAUCAAAACAAAAGAAAGCGAUAUUACAACACAACAAACAAACAAAUAAACUAAACAAAAGUUGUUGCUUUUGCUUCUUGGCUGCUGGUUUUCAAAGGAAAAGCAUAGCAGAUCGCCUCCUUCACGGACACAUCAAGCUUUCGUCGUCAUUCAGUUUUUUCUAAGAGUUUCACUAUAAUUUUACUUUCGAAUUUCUUUUUCCUUCCUUUCCUUUUGUUUGGGGGAAAAACAAAUAUAAUCUUUUAGUUUUAAGCUGUCAUACAUAUAUAUAUAUAUAUAUAUACACAGAGAAAUUCAAACUAUUUUCGCGAUCUCUUUUAUUGUUAUUGAGUUUAUUGUUGGCUGUCCUUUUAAAUCGGAAUGGAUAACACAGUCUACGCACAAGGUGGAGCCCUUAAUAUCAACCUAAAAAGGGCAGAUGGAGGUAUAUCCUGGGGUUUCCGACUCCAGGGCGGAAUUGAUUUCAGUACAGCGCUCUCCAUCCAAUCUGUACAACCUGGUAGCAUUGCAGAUUGUGCUGGGGCUAAGGCUGGUGAUGGUAUCUUGAGGAUAAACAACACAAUUACUGACCACCUCACUCAUGAGCAGGCUAAAAUGGAAAUUAUUCGAUCAGCAAAUGAGAUUAAUUUGCUUGUGAAAAGAGGUGCUGUAACUAUCUGGAAACCAAAAGUAACACCAUUAGCAGAACUUCGUCCAACAGAACUAAAACCAGUUAUAUCUGCUACAGGUGAUGAAGUAAUGGCAGUCCAGAAGACAUCACUUGCUAAAGAAUAUGUAGAUGAACCCUGUACUAUUGGUAGCAGCCACAAUCGUUCCGCUAGACCUUUUAACAACCCUGGAGCAUUUUCACCAAGAAAUAUCCAGCCAGUACCCAAUGUAGUUCAUGCCCAAUUCAACUCACCCAUUUCCUUGUAUUCUGCUGACAAUCUAGCUGAAACUUAUUCUGAUCAGACUUCAAAACUUGCAGAAAACUUGAACAAGAUGGAUGUGACUAACUAUCCUGUUGGUUCUCAGCUGGUUGCUGGUGGUUACCGACCUGUUGCAGCACCAAGUCCUCCAGGUGAUGAAACGAAUGCAUGUAGUGAUUCUACUACAAAUGAGUUUGCUCCGCAUGAACAACAUUCUACAACAUUUGGUCGGCUGGAAGAUGCGCUUAACAAAGCUGAGGUUGACACCAUUGCCAAAGACGUGCCUUCUGGUUUCCGUUCAGUCUGUGCCCCAAAGACUGAUUUCGAUGCUGUUCAGAAGCAACAACAACAGAUUCAACAUAUGCGCUGUGGAGGAUGUGAUAUGCUUGUUACUGGUGUGUUUGUGAAAGCUAAAGAUGUGCCUUAUCAUCCUGGCUGUUUCAAAUGUACUACAUGUUCAGUAGGACUUAAGCAAAAAGGAUAUUUUGUUAUGGAUUCAAAAUUGUAUUGUGAAACUCAUGCACGGCGUCAUGCUCAACCACCAGGCCCUGACAUGGUUGCUGUACCUGUAUAUAGGUAAACACUAAAGAAAGUCUUAUAUUCUUUUCUUCUGAAAAGAAGAAUACCUGUUGAUUGCUUCUGUUUGUAGAAUACUCAACCUCAGCCUACCCCUGAUAUGUUUGUAAAGAAAUAAACCAGUUAUGAUCCACUAUUCCGUUAAUACACACAUCCUUUGUAUGUGUAUGUAUCCACCAGAGCAACUGACACAAACUUUGGCUUAUAUCUCCUCUAACUGCUUAAUAACAUGUUUUUUCUUUCUUUUUAAUUAGCAAGGAUUUGCAAUUUACAGAUUUGUUCUCAUUUGAACUCCUUCCACUAUUUCUGGAAAUAAUUUUUUUUUUUAUGGACUGUUUUUGGAUCAAAAUUAUAUUAUUUAGGGAUUAUUUUUGUUGUUGUUGUUGGGGUGGUUGGUGGGGAUGUUUUUAGAUAGCUAAAUGUCUGGUGUGUGUUUGUGUAUAUGCAUAUGCGAAUGAAGUAUGUAUGUUAGUCUGUUUCUGAAUGUGUAUGUGUGCAUGUGUGUGUGUAUAUGUGUGUGUAUAAAUUCUUUGUCUUAUAACUUCCUGGGAAAGGUGUGGUUCAUUAAACUAAGGACAUGCCUUUCUUAUCUGUUUUGUUAUAUACAUACACGCACACACCCUAUCCAGACAUUCCCCUCCAUAUUCUAACAUUAAAAGCUCUUUUUUUUUUCUCCAAAGUUAUUUGAUCUAUGCAUACAUACGCAUAUUUUAUAUGCAUAUAUAUAUUUAUAUAUAUAACUGCUUAUAUGUGUCAAUGUGUAUAGUAUAUAUAUAUAUAUAUAUAUAUAUAUAUAUAUAUAUGUAUGUAUGUACGUAUGUGUAUAUGGACACACAUACAUACAAAUAUUUACAUGCUUUUACUAUUUAUUAAUUAUGCAUGGAUAAGACAAAUCACAAAGAUCUGCACUAAAAUGACAUCUUUUUUAUUAUGAGUAGUGCCUUUCUAGACCAAAUUUGGAAUGUAUUUAGUGGGGAUUAGGGCUAAUGAGUACAUAUGAUAUAUAUAUAUAUAUA